UACUCGCACGUGGGCAUUCGUUCGUGUCGGAUGUGUGCGCGCAGGGAAAAUCGCCAAUUGUAAAGACAUCAUCAGUUACCCACGUACGUGUCCGGCAAUAGUGUAACCCGCGGUAAAUUUGCAUAUUAUUGGACGCGAGAAAUUUCGAUAGAAGUUACGUUCGGCGCGAUAACGACUGAAAAACGAAAACUCCCGUCAACGCGAGCAGCUGUUGUCCAUGUGUAUUGUUUUAACUGCGACGUCGAUUUUUAUCGUCGAUUCCUAAACACUGAUAGAGGAGUUUACUGGUGCGAGUACCUUCCUGGUGUUUUUUUCGUUGGGAUUAACUACGAUAUUACAGUGCAUCCAGCAACGACGGUCCAAAGGAACGAGAGAUACUCAAGUGGCCCGGUCGCCUAAAUGCUGCUGAGUCUGUGACGUUGAUUCGAAUUCGUGCCAAGUACCAAAGAAGGUGUCAAAAUUGAGCAAGUAGUCCUUUCAUCCGGCGGUGAUCUCGCCAAAAUUUGGAGGAUGUUGAUGCCUGGUGCCGCUGGUCUCAGUACCGUCGGCACUGUGGGUGCCGUCGGGGCGCCAGGGCCGGACGAGCUAGUCUCGAGUCUGGGCGCUUUGGCUGGCACUACGCCUCAACAGAAGGACACCACAUGGACGAAACUCUUCGUCGGUGGUUUACCUUAUCACACCACCGACAAAAGUCUCAGGGAACAUUUCAACGUGUACGGCGACAUCGAGGAGGCCGUGGUCAUCACCGACAGGCAAACUGGGAAAAGUAGAGGCUAUGGUUUCGUGAUCAUGGGAGACAGACCGGCAGCGGAGAGGGCGUGCAAAGACCCCAACCCCAUAAUCGACGGUCGCAAAGCAAACGUCAACCUGGCGAUUCUUGGAGCUAAGCCCAGGGGUAAUCUACAAGCGACAUUCCCGUUCGCUGCUGGCAUUCGAGCUGGAUACCCCGCGGUUCUUCCCGGCCAAUAUGGGGUGCCACCGGGUUACAUGUAUCAGUCACCAUACCUGGCGACCGCGGCGCCAGGUGGUUUGGUACCGCUUCCGGCAACACAGUUGACCCACGCCGCGGCGAUGGCGGCUGCGUCCCAGUUUUACGAGUAUCAGAACGUCGCGGCAGCGGCCGCCAGUUAUCCGGGGACAUCGUACAAUUUCGCGGAGGCGUAUCCUUAUACCAGCGCCGCCGCGGCUGGUAUGUGUUUGAAAAGUGUCCAGAGCAAGGACAGCAACGGGCUGAUACACCACCAUCAGCAGCACACCGGCAGCAGCCCCGCGGUGCUGGCGCACCAACGAUUGGAGAAAGCUCUCCUGCCGCCCUAUCUGCCCUCCUUGCUACGUAGCAACGCAAAUGCAGCAGCAGCUAGUUACGUGACACCGUAUACGUACGCGGCGCUACCAGGUGCAGCAGGGUUGCCUGCAGCGGCGGCUGCAGCUGCAACGGCGGCGGGCGCCGCGUUCCCUGGUCUACCGUACCAAACAACGCCUCAAGAAGCGAGAUUACAGUAGGACACGUACUCGCCGCCGCGAGGAGAUCAGUGUCGUCGCGAUGGAUCACGGCGGCGUCCAGUUCGCGGCACGAAAACUCGAUCCUCGCCGUAUAAACUUCAAUCCUCGCCUGUCGUCCUUCGCGCGAGUCCGCCGUCUUUGAUCGUCGAGGAUCAAGCGUCGUCAGCCAUUGUUUCAGCUAUUCGAAGUUUCGUUCCGCGUUUUCGCGAGUUCAUUUUGGAAACUGGUGCAGACGGAACGAGCCACGUUUACGGGGGAGCGGCUGCACCGCUCAGGAUCGACGACUCGCAGUUUCUUAACUAACUUAAUCUUUAAUCUUCCCCACCUUAAUCUUCCUUUCCACGUUAUCCUUUUGUAGGGCCGACGUUGGCGUGCUCAGCCAAUUAGUACUUCACGAUACGAGACUCGACGAUUAUUUAUACGUAAAGAAGCACGAAUAGAGGCUUUUCCCCGAUAGACAGACGUUUUUGGGCAGAAUACGAGUUCCCUGUAACGCACCGGAGCCACGAAGAUUGCCCUCGUUGCGAGAGAAACUCGCUCGUUGAAUGUUUAUUAUUUAAUUGUUAACAGAUCGCUGAACGAAUAUCGUAUGUGGCGGUGGUCCGAGACAUUUUUUAAAUCCAAUCGCGAACGAUGUGCUUAGAAAGUAUAGUAGAACUAUUUAUUGGUAUAGGAAUCCCGUCGUCUCUAUGGGACGUUCGUGUCGUUUCCAAAAAUGUUCUAUUCCAUCCAGGGGCAAUCUUUUCAGCUUCUUCGAUAUGUACGUUCGCGGGAUAGAAACGGAUCGAGAAUAGAAAUUUAUAACAGCGCCGUAUAGUAGGUCAGAAUAAUUCGCUCCUUAAUUCGUUUAAUUAAUCUGUACGUUGCAUUUGACUUAAAUUAAAAAAUUGAUGUAAUUCUUUAGAAAUAUUCUAUAAAAACAUUCUUAGUGAGUAAUCGUAAUUACGUAAGAUAGAAUUAGAUUUAUUAAUCAAAAUCUAAAUAUAAUGUUAUUUUCUAUUCCUAACAAAAAAAAUGCAAGGUCUUGUGACUUUGAGCGGCGCUGUUAAUUACGAAUUAGUUCUGGCCCGCUGUACGUCGACACGAAUAGGAAGACUGAUCCGUAUUCAGAAUCGAUAUAUUCUCGCGGAGGAAAAUUGUCGAAGACGCGUUUCUUCCAGUAUUGGCCGGAGAACCGUUCGCGAUUUUGCUACGAUCUUCAUUCUGAAUAUCGGUCGAGGCGAAAACUUCACGUCUACACGUAGGAAUAGAUUGUAAUCCAGCGGUUUCGUCGGGAUAGUUUUCUAUUUUAUGCUUACGGGGGAUUUUCUCCGCGCCCGACGAACCCGAAAGACCACGAAUAAAACGGCCACCGGAGCUUCCGCGCGUAACUCACGGCUCAAGGGAUAAGGAAUUUUCGAUACUCGCGAAACGAGUGUUCCAGGGUGUUAAACGAACGCACAAAGUGUUCUCGAAUCGACGAUUUUUGUGACGCCUGACCGCGAAAACUAAUUGCGGAAUGGAAAUACCGAAGAAACUGAUUUAAUUUGAAAGAACAAACUCUGGUACUUUUCGUAAUAACAACUUCCAUAAAACGAUUGGUGAACGUUUCUACCGUUUGGCACUUUGCUUCUUCGAUACUUCCAUUUUGGAAUUGUUUUCUUGGAACGCUUUGUGCAACGUCGCGAAGAAUGAGAAAGAAAGUUAUAGAAAUCUAUUUCGGCAGGGCAUUGCUUCGUGGAUUUGAUUUUUUUAUUUAGAAGUAUUCUCGAUUAAGAAGUAUUUUCUAUGCGAUUCGUUAGGACGAAUGUCGUAGACGCUUUUAGGCGAAGCAACGACUUGUAAGUAGCGAUGGCCACGCGUUGCAAUCGCGUCGAUGUUGCCUUCGAUGUCGCUCAGCAGCGAAAUCACCAAGUGUCUUAAAGACGAUGCCUUUCUCGCGUGACUUAACGAAAGUUAUCGAAACGAACCAACGUGUUUCGCGGUACUAAUUCAACGAGGACCAACGGACGAACGAAUUGGCUCUUGUUGGUUUUCGAAUACCGAUAGCGAUGAUCGAUCGUAAAAAUUGUAACACCGAUACUUCGACGAUGUCGUGGAUAAAAGUUCG